GGGUACUUUGAACAGCGUCAUGGGGAAACUCAAAAAGUGUACUAAAGUUUUGCGUUUUCGGGGCUCUUUAUCCCAGUAUAUAGUCGGCGCCUUUUAUUUUAAGAAUCGGAUAUGAAUUGAAUUGUUUUGGCAAGGAGGCCUAUAUGAUCGAACCAGAUCAGAAAGAGGAAUGUUGAAAUCCGUUCCAUUAAAUGACAAAUAAUAUUAUCCCUGAAGUAGGCCUAAACGUGUGAUGAUGAAAUGGUGACCAUAUUGGCCUUGAAGUUAACCCCGUCCCCAGGAAACAAGGACAAUGUAUGUUUGAAUCCAUGGUUCGGUUACUGUGUUAGAUCAGAACGUCUUUCUCCAAGGCCUUUCUAUUCCAACCCAGGUUAAGCGUAUAUUAUGUUGCCAUAGGUGGUUGUUGCCGUUUUGGCAUUGUACCACAAUGUUAUUUCGAUAGUGUUAGGCAAAUAUGCCACUUUCAACUCUGGCCUUGUCAAAACAGCCCGAAUAUUUUAAUCUGAACUUACAGGUUUAGUCAAAGUAAAUUAUGUGUCUGUUACGAUCGGUUUAAUGCUACUAUAGAAAUGUGGCAAAUUGUUUUCAUUACGACAUAUUUGUCUUCAUAGAUUUAUCGAAUUAAUUGUCCGUUUUAGCGAAAGUUGUCGUGACCGGUUGAAUGAUAUUUCUCCCAGCCAUUUUGGCGCUGGGCUAGUUUGGACCGAAACCUGCAAUGUAAAGCAUUCAGCGGCAGACUGAUGAGGUCACUGGUGAUGUAUUGUCUUCUGUGAAAUUUUUUCAUCUGUAGUGUUCUUAUGAAACAUCAACAGAACUGUGAAAGAAAGUCUUUACCUGGGGUUUCCAUCUAUGGUGAUCUUGUGAAACAUCUCCAGAACUGGGAAAGAAAGGUGACAUCUCUUCAAAGUUUCAGAUAUCAUCGCGUCUUAUCAUGGAAACACAAGGCGACUCACAGACAAGUAAAUCUGUCACAAUACAUGGUACUGAAAGUCGUCACAAGGACGAAAUGAAGAGUGAGGAUGAAAACCAAUCCAGUGCGUGUAAUGUCUGUGGGCAGGUAGAAUGUAACCUGCUGUUACACAUGAUGUGUUACAAGGGUGUAAAGCCUUUCAAGUGUACUGAGUGUGACGAAGCAUUUUCACUAUCAGGCGACCUGCAGGAACACAUGAGAUGCCAUGAUGUGGCCAAACCUUACGAAAGUAACGCGUGUGAGGAAGGGUUUUCGCUAUCAGGAAGCAUGGAGACCCAUGUGAGUUCUCAUGAAGACGUCAAGCCAUAUGAGUGUGGUGAGUGUGACGGAGCAUUUUCUGAACGGAGUGAGCUGCAGACACACAUGAGUUGUCAUGGUGAUGUCAAGCCAUAUGAGUGUAGGGAGUGUCAGGAAGUAUUUCCACUCCCAUGUGACCUGCGGGAUCACAUGAGAUGUCACGGAGAGGCCAAGCCGUAUGAGUGUGGUUUGUGUAGUAAAACAUUUGCAGAAUCAGCCUACUUGAAAAGGCAUAUGAAGUGUCACACUGGAAUCAAGCCAUUUGAGUGUGGUUUGUGCAGCAAAACAUUUACCCAGUCAAAUAACCUGCAGAGGCAUAUGUUGUUUCACAGUGGAGUCAAGCCUUACGCAUGCAUUGAAUGUGGGAAAGCAUUUGCAACAUCAAAUAACCUGCAGGUGCAUUUGAAGGUUCACAGUGGAGACAAGCCCUUUGAGUGUACAGAGUGUGGGAAAGCAUUUUCACGAUCACCUUACUUGAAAGUACACAUGAGGUGUCACAGUGGUGACAAGCCUUAUGAGUGUAAUGAAUGUGGGAAAACAUUCGCUCAAGCAAGUCAUCUUCAGUCCCACCAGAGAUGUCACACUGGUGUCAAGCCGUACCAAUGUGAUGUGUGUGAGAAAGCAUUUGUAACAUCAAGCCACCUGCAAAGACACAUGAGAAGUCACACUGGAGUCAAACCUUAUGAAUGUACUGUAUGUGGAAAAGCAUUUACAACAUCAAGUCAACUUCAUGCACACAUGAGUUGUCACACUAGAGCCAAGCCCCAUCAGUGUACUGGUUGUGGGAAAAACUUUAAACGUCUAGGUGACAUGCAGAAACAUAUGCGUAUUUAUUGUGAGGUCCUUGUCGGCAAGACAGAAGUCCUAAUUCCUUGAAUCUUGACAAGUUGACCUUUCUGUGGUUUAUGUUUUACAAGAUGCAACUAUACACUUAACUAUGAAAUGCAAAUUUGUGAACGAUUGUUGAGGUUUAUAACUAAUGUGUGUGAACAUUGUGAAAAAUUGAUGAAAAAGAUAUAGCUGCUGUACUGUCAAUACCUUAAAAGGUGCAUAUUCCAUUUAUCACAAUUAUAUGACACAUUCAGAACAAGUUGAGUGUCACAAAGAUGCUUAUCUUCAGGUUCACAUGUUUAUGAUAUGUAUGUUUAGUAUGGGGCGGUCGGGUAGCCUAGUGGUUAAAGCGUUCGCUCGCCACGCCAAAGACCUGGGUUCGAUUCCCAACAUGGGUACAAUGUGUGAAGCCCAUUUCUGGUGUCCCUGCUGUGAUAUUGAUGGAAUAUUGCUAAAAGCGACAUAAAACCAUACUCACUCACUCACUCACUCUGUUCUGUAUGCCUAUUUUCAUGUUCAUGUUAUUUGUCACAUACAUGUAUUCAAGAACAUGUGAAACCUCUUAUAAUUACCUCAUGUCCACAAUUGUGUGGCAACUAAUAUUUCAACAAUACACUUUUCUGUCAGUGUAGGCGUUGGUUAUUAGUCUGUGUCCGUCCUUGUGUCGUGUCAGUGUGCUUAUACCCUUCUACCACAGUGCAGAUAAAUAUCACAUGUCCAGUAUAGAGUGGCUCAACAAAGUGAGAUCACCAUAAUGAUUCAGUUUGAAAAAUUCAAAAUAGAUACAGCAGAAGUUACAUGUUAUGGGACAUAACAUCUUCCCGAGGCAAGAGAGUUAACUGACUUUAAAAGUCCAGUUUCCACCCUUGCCGAACUAGGCUGGAAUUACUGGGCUCGAUCGUAGCGCCAUCAGUGGCUAUUACCAGUCAUGCCACUU